AUGGAUGCAAUCGAAAAAGUGGCGGUAUUUCUAGUGCCCAUACCCUUGGCAUCGACCUUUGCCAGCGAAAGGGUCACGUCAUCGGGGAUAUUAAAUAAGGGAGAAUCCGAGGAACUUGAUGAGUUCUAUAUUGAUCAACUACCAGGGAUGCUUACCAGAUUCUCUUACGAAGAAUUGAGAGUCAUGACAACCAAUUUCGAUAAUAAGCUUGGCGAAGGAGGAUGGUUUGAGUACAUGUCCAAUGGAUCCUUGGAUACAUGGAUCUUCCAAAGGCACCAAGAGCUCACACUUGGGUGGCAACCCCCCAAAAAGAUCAUCAUGGAUAUAGCCAAGGGGCUAACCUAUCUCCAUGAGGAAUGCAGACAAAAAAUAUUUCACUUGGAUAUCAAACCCCAAAACAUUCUCUUAGAUGUAUGUUUCAAUGCGAAAAUUUCUGAUUUUGGAUUGUCAAAACUAAUUGAUAAGGACCAAAGCCAAGUUGUAACAAUGAUGAGGGGAACACUAGGCUAUUUGGCUCUCAAUUAUCACUGA